CCUCGCAGCACUAUAGGAUCUUACAAGCACUCGAUAUUCGAGUCUUGGGCAGAUGCGGUGCUUGCUGCCCUGUGCCUUGCGAUGUAUUUCCGAAAGUUGAAGCCCAUAUAAAAGGACUUGUCUGGAAGGAGACUCCAGUUAGUUGAAAUUGGACGUGGAUUCGUGUCAAGUGAAUCUGGAUUUGUUGCUCAUGCGGCCCGUGUCGCACGCUCGAGAAUAGUUACUCCGUGGAAGCCGAACUAAAAUGUAUCUGCCCGAGAGUAUCUAAUAAGGGAUCAUUACCGAGUUACGAGAGUUCAGUACCUUUUUGAUUUGUUUAUUCGUUCGUACGUUGGUUUGUAUUUAGUUUCCGACUGUUGAUUUUUAAUUGGGUUGAUUCGAAAACGGCAAAGGCUCCACAAUGGAUUCGAGGACAUGUCUUACACUGGGAUUACUCUUCCUGCAUCUGGGAUCCUCGAUUUCGGAUUCAUUCGGUAACGCUUUUGAAGAUGUUCAAAAUAAUGUUGUACUUCGCGAUAGUAAAAGCGUAGUGAAGAAUCGACCUACCCUAGCGAGUGAUGGUGUGCCGAUGGUGAUGGGUGGUGGUAUUGAGCGAAGGGUGAUUGAUGGUGGUGCGAACAGUGAUAGUAAUGAUAGUAAUGAGAAUGCAGAAGAAAGUGGUGACCCGGUGCCAAUGUCCUUGGCUGAUCAAGUGAAAUUAUUGUCGAAGCAAUUGAAUGCUCUGAAUAUGCGUCGACGAGAGGACUAUAAAAUGUUGGAGAAUAGUUUAUUGAAGUCGAUCACAAGGACUACUGCGACGACGGGUCCGGAUGGAAUCAGUUGGGAUAUUAAACAAGAAUUGGAGCAAUUAAGGCAAGAAGUGAAAACUCUUCGCGAAGGUGGUAAUGGAAAUCGAGAACGGCUUACAGUUGAAUGGCUAACACAAUCAAUAGCCGAGAUGAGGAAGGAAUUGACUGAACUUCAGGAAAUCGCAAGUAAUGCUUCGAAAGAUCUGAAUCGACGUAGUCAAACGUUCGAGGAUUUGGCAACAAUAAGGAAUGACUUUAAGACCGUCAAAUUGGAACUUGAGGCACUAAAGCAUCGUCAGGAGAAAAGCGAAGUCUUUGUGCGUGAAUUACGCGAGGAGGCAUUGCAGACGGAGGAUGACAUUCGGAAAAUAUUGAGAAAUUUUGAUAAGUCCAACUCUGCAACGACGACGAAUGGUGAUUAUCCUGCCCCCGAAGCAGAUCAUCGAAUGCGACAUCAACGCCUUCUCCGCCAGCAAGUUCACGACAUCGAAAUCUCCCAGCGUAGCAUCAAGCACCAACUAGCGGAGAUGCAAUAUCACCGCAUCGGCGAAAGGAUACAAAAUCUGGAGGUGGAACAACGGCGUCUGGCGAAUGCUAACUUCAAUCUCAGCAGGCAAGUUGCCACCCUGGACAAAUUACAUGGAUCAAUGCUUGAACUACUCGAGGACGUCGAGGGGAUACAGGCGAAGGUAGAUAAGAGCAUACCGGACAUGAAGCGGGAAUUCUCAAAGUUGGAAUUUACUUCGGCCCAGUUGAACUCGGAGCAGAGCUUACUGCGGGAGGAGCAGCAUAAUGCCGCCAAGAGCCUGCAAGCGAUGGCUGUCAGUGUUAGUAUGCUGCAGGACCAACGUGUGAACCUAAAAGACAUGCAAAAUAUCAUUGACAAAUUACGAGAAGAUGUAAAACGGUUGCAGGUCGCAACGGAUGCUCACAAAUCAAUGCUGCAUGGACGCAUAGAAAAGAUCGAGUCUGAAGCAACUUCACGCCCUAUCUUAAGUGAAGAGGAGACCUACGCGAGCCAGGCCACGAACCUCAUCCACCAGCUAGAGUCAGUCGAAACGCAGUACGAAUCAAUUGUAAACAAACUCCCCUCGGAUUGUGGUCAGGUGAAUCACACUGCAGCAGGACUAUAUUUAAUCGCUCCAGCAGGUCAACAUCGUCCCACCCUCGCACAUUGUUCCAGCGGUUGGACUGCUGUUCAGCGUAGAUUCGAUGGAUCAGUGGACUUCAACCGAUCGUGGGAGGCAUAUGCGCAGGGAUUCGGCAGUCCGUCAGGUGAGUUCUGGAUUGGUAAUGACAUCCUGCACCAUCUCACCGCAGACAACUGCACGCGACUGAAAAUCAUCAUGCAGGACAUUUACGAUAACACAUGGUAUGCCCUUUAUGACUAUUUCUACGUUUCUUCACGAGAGGAUGGAUACCGGUUGCAUGUGGGUGGUUAUAGCGGGAAUGCAUCAGAUGCUCUCGACUACCAGAAUCGCAUGCAAUUUUCAGCAAUUGAUGUGGAUCGUGAUAUAUCGAAUACGCAUUGCGCUGCAAACUAUGAGGGUGGGUGGUGGUUCUCACAUUGUCAACAUGCCAAUUUGAACGGUCGCUACAAUUUGGGCCUGACAUGGUUUGACGCGGCGCGAAAUGAAUGGAUUGCCGUCAAAUCAAGUCAAAUAAUGGUAAAUAGAAAAGCUUCCUGUGCGAGCGUGACCAGCCCGAGCCAAAGUGACCGUUCGUUGACAACAGAUAGCAUCACCACAACCAUCGCUACUGUAGUUUGAAGUGCAGUCGAAUAGGAUUUUCGUUAACUUUUUGAAAGACAAAGAUACAUUUUUUAGGAAUAGUCAUAGUUUGAAUAGGAUUAGGCUAGGUGUAUAGUAAUUUAUACAAUUUUAUUAUUUAUCACUUGAGCUUGUACAUAGAUACUGAGAUAAUAUUGCGAGAUAUUUUACGAGAAAAUUAUUACUAUUGAGAAGGUUUUAGUUGCUUAUUCCUGUGUUUCCAGAUUUCUCUGAAUAUUUGACAAUAUUUUCAUUCAUUAUUAUGCUAAAGUUUAUUUAAUUUUUCACUCAUAAUUUAAAAAUCUAAUAUAAAGCAUCGUACUUUUAACAAACUAGAGGAAAUCUACAUUUUGCUACUAUCCCACAUUGGGCGCUAAUUUCUUUCUGGAAAAAGUAAGUUUUAAGCAAUUUUGAAUCAGAACAGAUACAAGAUUUUCUUGAGUUAAGUUAGUCAGGAUUAAAGUAAUAUUAUUCUGAACCGCCAACAUGGAAGCAAACUGUUCUUGUUGCUGAAGGUGGGAGCCGUUGCAUGAAUGUUAUCAGUAAGACUUUCGAAAACCAAAAUAAUGUUGUGAGCAUCCAUUCAUAUAUUUCAAGUUUAUUUAAAUUUAGCAUAGUCCCAGUUGUUAUUGAACUUUAUAAUAAAUGAUUUACCUACCCCGUAACCCAA